AUGACGCGAUUCCGGCCUUGCAUUGACCUGCACGCCGGGCAGGUCAAGCAAAUCGUCGGCGGCACGCUCGACAGCAGUUCGUCGACGCUGCAGACAAACUACGUGUCGCAGCACCCCGCAAGCUACUAUGCUCAGCUGUACAAGGACCACGGCCUCGAGGGCUCGCACGUCAUCAUGCUCGGGCCCGGCAACGAGGAGGCCUCGAGGCAAGCGCUGCAGACGUGGCCCGGCCAUCUCCAGGUCGGCGGUGGCAUCAACGACAAGAAUGCGGCCGAAUGGAUCCAAGCCGGUGCAUCCAAGGUCAUCAUCACCUCUUUCCUCUUUCCCGACGGCCAAUUCAGCCAGCCGAGGCUAGACGCCGUUCUCGACGCCCUCGGCGGCGACAGGAGCAAGCUCGUCAUCGACCUCAGCUGCCGUCGCCGAGGCGACAGCUGGUUCGUCGCCAUGAACAAGUGGCAGACGAUGACCGACAUGCAGAUCAGCCAAGACUCCAUCCGGGCACUGGAACCAUACUGCUCCGAGUUCCUCAUCCACGCCGCCGACAACGAGGGCCUGCAACGAGGCAUCGACGAGGAGCUGGUGGAGCGGCUCGCGCAAUGGUGCUCCAUCCCCGUCACGUACGCCGGUGGAGGCAGGCACCUGGAGGACCUGGCGCUCGUUGGGCGGCUCAGCGGAGGCAAGGUCGACCUCACCAUAGGCAGCGCCCUCGACUGUUUUGGUGGGUCGGGUGUCAAGUUUGACGAGUGCGUCGCGUGGAACACGAGGCAGGGCUCGGGCUCAUAG